AUGCAACCGAUUCACCAAUAUUUAAUUCAGCCUACACCAAUAUCAAAGGCAUUUUUUAGACUUUUUCUGGAACUGUACCUAAAUAAAUAAGUUGCGAGACUGGAGAAAGAUAAAGAAGAGCUACAUAACCGGCUGCUCGCUGUUGAUCCCACAAGACACAUGAAGCGAGUGGAGCAGCUUCUUCAAGAGAAAGCCCAUUUGGGUCAGAAAUUAAAAGGGUUAGAGACCGAGGUAGCAGAACUAAGGGCUGAAAAAGAGAAUUCUGGUGCUCAGGUAGAAAACGUCCAAAGAAUACAGGUGUGGCAGUUGGCUGAGAUGCAGGCUAUAGUCAGGUCCCUGGAGACUGAAAAACAAUCGGUCAAGUUGCAGGCUGAACGCCUGGAAAAAGAGCUGCAAUCAAGCAAUGAACAAAAUAUGUCUUUGAUCAGUAAAUUGCAUAAAGCUGACUAAGAAAUAAGCACACUGACCAGUACAAUAAAGGAGCUGAAACACUCAAAGAAGCUAGAAAUAACAGACAUCAAACUGGAGGCAGCAAGAGCUAAGAGUGAGCUAGAAAGAGAAAGAAAUAAGAUUCAAAGUGAACUGGAUAGCCUACAGUCAGACAAUGAAAUUCUCAAAUCAGCUGUUGAACACCACAAAACGCUCUUAGUACAAAAAGAUCGUGAGUUAGUAUGUAAAGUACAAGCUGCCAAGGAAGAAGGUUAUCAGAAGCUUGUGGUAUUACAAGAUGAAAAGCUGGAGCUUGAGAACAGAUUAGCAGAUUUAGAGAAAAUGAAAGUGGAGCACGAUAUUUGGAGGCAAUCUGAGAAGGAUCAGCACGAGGAGAAACUGGGGCGGGCUUCACAGAUGGCAGAGGAGUCGGCCCGAAGGGAACUUCAGAGUAUUAGGUUAAAACUUCAGCAACAGAUUGUGAAUAUUGAAAAUGCUGAGAAAGAAAAAAAUAAAAAUUCUGAUCUGAAACAGCAAAUCAGUACCUUGCAGAUCCAAGUAACCUCACUGACUCAGUCUGAGAAUGAACUGCUGAAUUCAAACCAAAUGCUGAAGGAAAUGGUGGAGAGGUUAAAGCAAGAAUGCCGUCACUUAAGAAGCCAAGCGGAAAAACUACAGCUAGAAGUUGAAAAGACAUUGGAAGAGAAACAGAUUCAGUGGUUGGAAGAAAAGCACAAGCUUCAAGAACAUAUCACAGACCGAGAAGAAAAGUAUAAUCAGGCGAAAGAGAAACUACAGAGAGCUGCAACUGCCCAGAAAAAGAGAAAGUCUCUUCAUGAAAACAAACUGAAGCGCCUGCAAGAAAAGGUGGAUGUGUUGGAGGCCAAGAGAGAAGAGUUAGAAGCCGAGAAUCAGGUGCUGACCAGACAAAAUGUUCCAUUUGAAGAAUAUACAAGGCUUCAGAAAAGACUAAAGGAUGUACAGAGAAGACAUAAUGAAUUUCGAAGUCUGAUUUUGGUCCCUAACAUUCCUCCACCAACAUCCAUCAAUCCCGUUAGCUGUCAGGCGUCAGCCAUGGCCCCGGGCGUGGAGCUCUGCUUCCCCCUCUCGUGCAGUGAAUUCCGCACCUAGAGAAGAGCAGGCUGGAUCUGGCGUCAGGUCAACAGCUCACCAUGCUGCUCUCCACACUGCUGGCGUUGACAUUGCUCCCCUGCACAUCGCUGCAGGCCUGUGUGAGAGGAGGCUUCGGGGUUUUCUGACAAUUUGUUUUGCUUUAAGGAGGAACAACAUCAAAGGAAACUCUGUCCUGCGCAAAAGACUAGAAGAACUAGAAACAACACGAAGACUCGGGUCUCCUGGUGAGUGAUGUUCCUGGUGCAGAGAUGGACAGAUCAAAAGCGAUGAGCUCUCAGCCGCGGCACAAUGUGAAGUUUAACGUACAGGCGUUGAGCUGCUUCGCUGCUGUUUGCCAAAGUACUUGAAUGUGCCUCAAGAAGAAAAGACCAGUUAUGACAAAUGAAGCAUUAAAAGAAAGUUUCAGAUAUUUAGAAUAUAUAUUAAUGACCUUUUGAGACUAUAAAAAUAAAUUGAUAAAAGCAACUAACUAGGAAAUCAAGUUAUAAAAUUGACUUUACUUUGAAUUUUUUGGCAUUUUGCUUGAAAUAUGUCUUAAAAGUUCCUUAUCUUUGAGGUGCUUGACAAUAACAAAGACAGUAAAUUCUUAUUGUGGUUUACAAUAAGAGUUAUAAACCUAUAGUUUUGGGAGAAAAUACGACAAUUUAAAAGAUGGCAUAAAAAACUCAGACAUUCAUUGCAAAAGUCUACCUUUUCAAAAAGCUGUGUGCACAUAAUUUAUUAAAGAGCUUACAAUAAAUAUUUUUCUAAUUAAAAAAAAAAAAAAAAAAAGAAACCCGAACAGGGGUAUAUCCAAACUGAAGCACAUGAAGCUAUAUGAUCUAACAAAAUGUAGGCUGGUUAGUAAUUUACCUGUAAAGUAAGUUGACAAAAAAGAAAGAAAAAAAAAUUAAUUUCUUUUAGCUUCUGACAGGGAGACAAUAUGAUGUUUACACAUGUGUGUCUGGUUUAUGUCCCUUAUGAGUAUGGUCUCAAGUUGCAUCCAUUUACCUAUAAAAGUCUUAAUUAGGGGCUGGAGGUUUAGCUCAGCGGCAUAAGCACCUGCCUUGCAAGCAGGCAGUCAUGAGUUCGAUCCCCGGUACCCAUAAAAAGGAAAAAGACAAAAAAAAAAAGUCUUGAAUUUAUCCUUCUUUAUGGUACAAUUCUUUAUAUUCUCAAAUAAUAAAGCUUUUUUAAGCAUCAGAGCCUAAUUAUGGUGUUCUUCAAGCAAUUUACACAGAGAGAUGAGGGGAGAGGGAUUCAGUGACUGCAUGGGAGGUUUUAUUCCCAAAUAAAGGAAGCUAAUAGAGAAAAGAGUGCUUCUAAUUCUUCUUUUUCUCUAUUUUUCUACCCAAGGCCUGGAUUGCUGCCAAGGUGAAAGGGCUGAUGUCUGGAAAUCGUUAAUCCAUGGAAUUUUUUUUCAUGGCAUAUAAAAUUUUCAGAAGUAAUUUGCUUUUUAAGUAUGAUUUCCUGAUUGACUACAGCAAACAUAAAUCCAAAAAAGGACAGCUCUGUUAGGAGAGCCAAGAUCCCUUUUAGCUUCUCAGAUAUAUGGGAAUUUGGGGGGAGGUAAAGGGGGUAGAAAUUAAGAUUUUCAUGUGGGCAGAGAGAGGCAGUAGAAAGGGAAAGGAAAAAAAUAUAUUAAUAGGUAAGAGCAAACCAAAACUGAUAGAGGAGUGAUGGGAAGAUGUAUUAUACCCAAGAGAUUCCUGAAAUUAGCUUUUGUCUCACUAAAAACUCAGCUUUAUCUCAGUUUGUAGUAAUGAGAGGAAGAAAUUAGGGAGAGACUUCUAUACUCUCAGCCUGGGCCUGAUUUUAGUUCUUAUGUGCUCUUCUGUAAUGUUCAGAAGUAUCACCUCAAACUCUCUCUUUUUUUUUUUUUUUUUUUUUUUUGUCUUUUUCGUUUAUUAUCGGUACCAGGGAUCGAACUCACGACUGCCUGCUUGCAAGGCAGGCGCUUAUGCCACUGAGCUAAAUCCUCAGCCCCUCACCUCAAACUCUCUAAGAUGGAGUUCUUGUGACACUUAUUUCCAACAAAACUACACUAUGCUUAAGCUGAAAGUAUUGGCUCAGGACCUCUUUGCUCAGAUCUUUCCUUCCAUUUUGCUGUCACAUACUCUUGCUAGUACAAGCAUACAUGUGGGAUUUUUUUUUUUUUUUGUACUAGGGAUCAAACUCAUGACCUCACAUUUGCCAGGCAGAUGCUUAUGCCACUGAGCUAAAUCCCCAGCUUACAUGUAGGAUUCUUAAACACCAAAUCACAAAUGUUUCUAACCUGUCACAGUUCAUUCUCUGGCUGUUUCUAUCUUGAGCAUUAGCAGAUCAAAUUCCUAUAUAUAAUUUACUUUUUUCCAAAUACAAAUACUCAUUUCUGAUACUUAUACAUACCUACAGGCAUGUUAAUAUUGUCUUCUAGAUUCCAGGUGGUAGCUAAGUUUUCUUCCUCUCUCGUCUUUAUGUAUCUUCUUAGGCCAAGUUCUUGCUAACCACUUUUAAUGAAGAGCUUUAUCUGUCAAAGGCUCUAGACUCAGAAGGAGAUACUCUUUGGCCAUAGUCUGUGAGCAUUCAGCAGUGGACUUCUACAUGGUCUACUAUGUUCAAUUUGAUGCUGGACUUAAAGUAAUUAAUAACAAGUUGUUUCUGUCUACUCUUAACUCUUUUGUAUACUUACAUACACACAACCUUCAUGUGACCUUGAGAUAAAUGUUACUCAAAGAAGAAUUUUUUCCAAAGACUGGCCUUUGUGAACCUUUGACAUGUAAGAUGUCAAAUCUAAUGGUUUGUAGAUAAUGGUACUUGUUUUCUCUUCUUUGUAAUCUUACAGACUAUGAGAAGGAAUCAGUGUAUGUGUUCUUUAUCAUCUGGGUUCGUAUUCUUUAUUAGAAGGUUUACUUUUCUUACAUGGGCAACUUCACAUGCAUAUCUGUUCUAUUCCAAGUGCAAUUAUAAAUUAGAGAAGAAAGAAAAUGAAAUAUUGUGAUAAAGGUCAUUAUUUUUUUCAACAGGCAACAAGCCUGUUUUUGUUUCUUAAAUCUGUCUACCCAGUAGACAUAUAAUAAUGCCAAAAAAGACUGUUUUACUCCACCGCAGACAGUAAUAAUGGAGAUACUUCAGGCAAGGGACCUAAGACAGAAUGAGAAGUAAAUUUUCAGGUUUGGUGUUUGAAUUUGUGUACAAGCAUGCAAGAAGAUGAAAGCUACCAUUUUUACCUGUGGCCAAUUGUUUAUCUCAUUUUUAAGUCUACCCUCUGUCCUUACUUGACUUUGCUGCUCAAAAACAUGAAAUCUCUCUUUUCCCUCAUUUGCUUUUUCUGUAUGCCUAGAUUUUUUCCCUUUAUAUCUCAAUAUCAAUAUGGAGCCCUAGAACUUUAUUGCACUAUAGAAAAGUCAUUCAAAAUAUGUAUGUAUAUAUACUAAUAAUUUAAAUUUAAACCGCACUCAGAGUUAAACCACACCACUGAACAAAGAAAUUUAACAAAUAUGUACAGAGUGUUUCAUCUGACAAUAGAAUCUACAUUUUUCUCAAUAGCAUACAGAACUUUUUCCAAAA